AUGGCUACGGCCGAUGGCAGCAAAAUUUGGACUACGAGGAAGUACAUCCUGGCGGCUCUAGGAGGGACCCUCGCCGUCACGGUCGUCGUGAUCAUAGUCUCGGUCAUCCUCAGCCCCGGGGACAUCCGCUUCUCCAUCAUCCACGUCUCCAAAGCCAAUGUCAGUGCCGAGCUCUCAUUUCAGCCCCAGUACCUGAAUCUAACCAUCGCCGCCACCAACGCCAGCCAGAAGCGCAAGACGGUGCGCUACCAGAGCAUCUUCGUCGGCCUGCAGAGAAGCACGGCUAGGAAGGACACGAUGAACGCCCGGGUCUACGAGAGGCCGCCCGCCGGCGCCUACCUGCCGCGCGGCGCGCCGCCGGCUAUCAUCAACGCGUCGGUGUACGUGUUUCUCAGCUUCAACGAAACCCUCAGCAACCGCGCCUACGUUGUGGUAGUGGAGGCACAGGUGCGGUUCCGGAUCGGGGGGAUCCCCACGAGGCUGUACAACAUCAAGGUCUCCUGCCCUCACGUGUUCUUCCCCGUAGAAGAAGGGUCGCACAACUCCCCCAUGCCGCCAGUCGACUGCGGUGCUUAA